UAGAUUUCAAAUAGAUGUCAAAUUCACUGUGAAACAUGUUUUAUAUCUCCAUUGUGUGCUGACCGAUUUUCGUAAUAUUUUCAAAUAUAUUGUGUAGCAGGAAAAAUACCACUAAUACAAUUUCAGCUCGUGUCAUUUGACUAGAAAUUUGAAGCCGAGUCACAUUGAAUUUGAAACACAUGUUGAAGCCGCUACGGCUGUGUCGGGGCUUGUUGCAACCGCAUUUAUCACAAGUUGUUGGAGUCCGUAUUAAAUAUCUCAUCUCCACACAAGCGACGAUCUUAACACGCUCGUUCUGUGACAAAAUGGAUAAUAAAAUCUUACUGGACUCAGCUAAAAGGCUAGCAGCUAGAACCGCCGUUGAUCAGUGGGUAACCGAGGAUACGAAAGUUUUGGGCAUAGGUAGCGGUUCAACCGUCGUGUUUGUCGUCGAACGAGUUGCAGAGCGCGUCUGGAAAGAUGGAGCACUGUCCGAAUUGAUAUGCGUGCCUUCGUCAUUUCAAUCCCGUCAACUCAUACUCGACCAUAAUCUACCUUUGGGAGAUCUGGAUCGCAAUUACAAAGUCGAUCUUUAUAUUGAUGGCGCCGACGAAGUUGACAGCAGCAUGGUGCUCAUCAAAGGUGGUGGUGGUUGCCUGAUGCAGGAAAAGAUUGUUGCUUCGUGCGCAAAAACUGUUAUAAUCGUUGCAGACUAUACAAAGCAGUCGCUCCGUCUGGGCGAGCAAUGGUGCAAGGGCAUACCAAUUGAGGUCUCGUCCAUGGCCUAUGUGCCAGUCAAGCAUAAGAUCGAGGAGCUCUAUGGCGGCGAAGCGCAGUUACGCACUGCCUUGAAUAAAGCUGGUCCAAUUGUCACCGACAAUGGAAAUUUUCUGAUGGACUGGAGAUUUGUUGCGCAACGCGAAUACGACUGGGACGAGGUGAAUAGGACUAUAUCUAUGAUACCGGGUGUCCUGGAGACAGGUCUGUUUGUGAACAUGGCAGCCAAAUGCUACUUUGGCAUGGCCAAUGGAACCGUCAAAGUGCAGAACAAAUAGAUCUCUGAAUUAUGUA